UUGUGGGAGUCUUCAUUGGCAAAUUGUCCGCCAUGAUGAAAAACUAGAAAAUUUGGAGAAGUUUACGAAAUUUAGAAGCGAACUGUGUAUUCAUUACGGAAUAUAUCGGUAAAUUAAAGACCCAGUACAAAUGUUGGUACACUUAUCUAUCGUAAUAUAAAGUUCAGGUUCAUUUUGAGCCUCAUGACUCGGUUACUUUGCGAAAAUUCUUUUGAGUGACCAGUUCGUUUGCACAAAGCGGGUCAUUCAAGAUGAGCAAGGUAACUUUUCGGGCCAGGGCGCUAGACGCCUCACGGCGAAUGCCAGUGUUCAAAGCAGAUGACAUACCAGAUCUUCCAGAUUUUGCAACCAUCAACAGAUCGGUGCCACAGAUGCCGACAGGGAUGGAAAAAGAGGAAGAAACGGAACUGCAUUUGCAAAAAGCCCUUUGUGCCCAACAAGCAUAUGGCAGUGCGGAAGCUCUCACCAUUCCUAUCCCAGAUGUUGAUGACACAUCAGAAAGAUGCGAUGGACUGUACAGAAGUGAUUAUAAGCAACCAAAACAGUACUUGCAUCUCCAAGCCUUUGGCAUGGAUCAGGAAAUACCGGAUUAUGACAUGGACUCUGAAGAUGAAGGGUGGCUAAAUGAACAAGUGAAGAAAAUGGAAAUCACACCCGUCAAGUUUGAGGAAAUGAUGGAUCGUUUGGAGAAAGGCAGCGGUCAACAAGUGGUCACAUUGCGGGAGGCAAAACUCCUUCUUAAAGAAGAUGAUGACCUCAUUAUUGCCGUUUACGACUAUUGGCUCAACAAACGACUGCGAACACAACAUCCACUGAUUCUGAGUGUCAGAACUGAGAAGCGAGAUGGAUCAACAACAAACAAUCCAUAUGUAGCUUUUAGAAGAAGAACAGAGAAAAUGCAGACACGAAAGAAUCGUAAAAACGAUGAGACGUCUUACGAGAAGAUGUUAAAACUGCGUCGAGAUCUCAGUAGGGCAGUAACGCUUUUGGAAUUCGUGAAACGAAGAGAAAAGAUGAAGAAGGAAAUGCUGCAGUUAGCAAUUGAAAUAGCAGAAAAAAGAUACCAGUUGGAAGACUAUGAUGGCACUAUGUUGACAGAGGCAGAGUCUAUAAGGCACAAAUUACCUCCCUUUGUUUCACCAUAUACUUGGAAAGACUGGAAUACUGGGGAGGAGGUUGCAGUCAAACAGAAGAAGCGUGAAUAUCGCAAGAGGAAGCACAAAACAUCUGUAUCUCAACCAUCUAACAUGAAUUCCAAUGCUCAACCACUGUACGCCAAUACCGAUAUGGGAAUGCUGCAAUCUGAUCUCUUUAGCUCCGAGGAUGAACCUUUCUCACCGAUGUCUCCCUCUGACCAAGAAGAUGAAAACGAUCCGGAUGGUAUCUAUGCCUUCAAGAGAAAGAAGAACUGUAGCUACUAUGCGCCUAUACUAGAUCGCCUUGGUAAUUGGCCGUGGUGCAGUCCAGAGGAUGGUGGUAUAGGCGACAAGCGGUUCCGUUACUCCCUGACAUCACUCUCCCAGCCUCAAACAUGUAUCGGCUUUGCACGCAGAAGGGUCGGUAGAGGUGGAAGAAUAUUGUUAGAUCGCGGGUAUUCCCCGUGGGACGAUGGUUUACAGCAGGCAGAUCUCUCAGGGUCAGGCUCAUAUUCAGGAGUCAUUGGAGACUAUGUAACAUACAUUAAACACUCAAAAAUAUCUCAUUUCCGGCCGCAUUCACCUCCACCAGACAUGGAAAGUGGUUACCAUAUCGGUUCUAAUUCAUUCUCAUCUCAAGACAAUGACUUUAGUAUGGACUAUUUCACGUCCCAUCAGGAGCAACUGCUUCAGAUGCAACGUGAACAGCAGGAGCAGUUGCUCAGACACCAAACGUGUGAUCUCGAUUCCUCAUUGACUGGCUUAGAACAUUCCUUCUCAUCCCAACCCACCUCUCGUUUCACUCUGGACACUGCCAGUGCAAAGUUUGCUGUAUCAGCAGUCAUAAACACCGCUCAAGUGCAACAGCAGCAUAGUGCUACGUCAACAGCAGCAAUCAAUGGUGCAAGCUCAAUAGCAACUACUUCUGUCAACCUUCUGAAUGGACCAAUAACUACAAUUACAGAUAACCAGGGUCUUUCUACGUCACCGGCAGCAGAUAUCCUGCAGCUAAAUCUUCCGCUGAACAACAACAAUCACCACCAUCACGCUCCCUCGUCUCUCGUCACUCCCAUCUCCUCCUACGCCCUUCAGCCACUCCUGAACUCUAGUCCCGUCUCCAUGGCUGCAAGUUCAUCCCCUGUGUCGGCACUGUCGAACGCAUCAGCUGUUAGCACUGUGUUGACGUCCAUUAAUAAUCUGGCGGGCAAGAACAGCCUUACAGCUGCAAACCUCUAUCGCUUUGCUGCCUCCCAGAAUACAGUCCUUCAGACAGCAAUCAAACAAAACCAUGUAGAUUCCAAAGAUUUAAACAACCACACGAUAGAAACAGUACUUCCCAUGGAUGUGACCUGAAGGAAUGGAGCGAUGGACUUGAAUCAGUCACAUGUCUGUUCAAAUACCAGUGUACAGGAUUGGGAUUGUGGCAGUAUUGUUUACUUGUACAGAAUUUUUAGGAGAAUAAAGCAGAGUGUUUUGUUUUUCUCAACCGUCCAUGUUUUAGUAACUUUAAGAGGUUACGUUCAAACAGGCUGUCAAACAGUGUGUUCCUGAGAAAUAUAUAUUAGAUUGAGCUAGGAGUUUGUGAGAUAAAAAACUAUAUAAAGUUUCAACCAGAUCUCUCAUUCUCAAAUUAUUUCUUUAAGUUAAGCAUAUUAAUGGUAAAAACAAAUUACCAGUAUUUAAAAUUUGUAUUUUCCAAAUUGAAUUUAGAGUGGAAAGGAAUUGUUUUUAAACAUAUGGAUAUGCUAUUAAAAACACUUUCCAGGCUAUUUAACAUAAUUUAUUUAAGUAUUAUCAACCAAAGGAUAAUUACUGUCAUUUGUAUUAUAACUGAAAUUCCUUAGCAAGCGCUUUUUGAAGUUUGGCAAAUGUAAAAAUUCACAGGCUUUCCUAGAGGAGUAUUAAUUUUUAGCUCGGCUGUUUUCGGAGAAAACCUGAGGUAUUGUCAUAGCCAGCUCGUCAACCGCCGUCGGGGUCGUGCUAAAACCUGAACAUUUUUUAAGGUCUUAAACAUUUGCUCUAAAAUCAAAGUGCUUCAACCUACAACUUUGAAACUUCAUAUGCAGCUGCAACCUGAUGAUUUCUACAUGCCACACCCAUUUUUGGGUCACUAGGUCAAAGGUCAAGGUAACUGUGACCUCUAAAAUAAAAUAUAAAAAAAUCUGACAAGCAUUCAUUUAUUCAAAACUAAACCUGCAGCCGAGGGUGGCAACAGUUAUGCGGUGCUCUUGUUAAGUUAGACUCACUACCUAGAAUCCUGAUUUGUGACUAUUAACUGUUGACUCUUGUGAAGAUUUUUUCAUUAUUUUUAAAAAAUUAUAUAAAAAAAAGGCAAUUUGUAUAAAUUGUACAAUGUCUGUUGUUUUUGUAGUUACUCUUAAUCAAAAUUUAUUCAACUGUCAUACUAGAUCAUGUUGCUUAAUAAGUAGAUACGAAGUAUGUAUGAGUAUAUGAUUAAAUGUAUUGUGUUUUUUUAUAAUUAUAAAAAACCAAUACAACCAAAGUCUUUCAUCAUUUUUAUACUUUAAUAAUGUGUCGAUGUUAUCAUGAUAGUUAAAUUGUCAUUUCACUUUCAGUUUGACUAAUAUCUGUAAGUUAGUAUUUUUGCCAAAUAACAACUUUUUAAUUGCCUUCUAUUAAAAUUAAAGAAAAUUUGCAAGAUCGCAUGUUCUUGCUUAUAUUGGACACUAACAAUCAUUUAAAGUGUGUAUUUUAUAAUUAUGCACAUAAUCUUUUUACAAUUUUCAUGUAGAGGUCCUUGCAACCUGCAAAAUUGUGUUUUUUAAUAUGAUAAUUGUAUUUGAAUAUUCAAAUAUUAAUGAUAGUAAAACUAGUAUGUGUUAAAUAUAAACUAAAACAGCAUGAUAAUCACUUGAUCCACAGCUGUAUUUGUCCCAGUAUUGUUAGCUAGUACCUGUCUGUUUUGAACAGCAUUUAGCAUUUCCAAUCUAAUAAAGUGCUCCAUAAUAAUGCAACUGAGUAAAUAAAACUAAUUGUUCUGGAUGUCAGAACAUUUGUAUACACAAUGUAAAUUCAAACAGUUAAACACAUUUCCCAACAUGUUGUGUCCAUGUGCAAUUUGGCCGUGUUCUCAAAACAAGCACACUUGGAAUGUUGUUCAUACUUUCUUAUUCCAUCACCAUCAACAAGAAACUACCUCUUUAUAAUGCCAUUUGUUCUGUGUAGCCGAUUUGCCAAUUAACUUAAGAUUGUCUUGCUAAUUGUGGAGGACAUGGGACGUCAGGGGAUCUUUGUCGGCUAUUUUGACUAACUCUUUAAUUUGUGUGUGUGCUCUUUAUCUAUGAAUAAGGAAUUAUUUUUUUAAAGUUAUUUAAACAUUAAAAAAAAAUACAAACUACUGUUGAAUAUUUUACAUGUUCCCGAAUAUUUAUUGGUUGUAAUAGUGUGUCGUGACUGUUUUAAAAGCGUAGAGAAACCAGACAAAAAGUUGCAAUAUUAACAUUAUAGAUUAUCUUUAAAUUUCAUUUCUGAAUUUAAAAAAUGAAACUAAAGCUGUCGUAAAUUGUGUAGCAAGGUAGAACAAAUAUUUUAUCUAUUGCUAUGAAACUUGGUGAUUGUUUUUAGCUAUUGAUAAGAAACUAGAUGCAUUCAUUUAAUUUAUUUGUGAUUCUGAAGAUGUGUUUGUGCUCAGUCGUUUGUCUUCACUUUUGUUUUGUACCUAGAUGUUUCAGGUCUAGUGUUAUUUAAUUUAGUGACUUGUUUGUAUGUACCACAUAUUGUGUUCACAUUGUCAACAGAACACUGAAGUGAUUAAGUGAAUUGUUGAAAUGCCUUUCUUGUUACAUGUACUACAUACAGAUCAAUUCUUAUGUUCUGAUUUUAUAAUUUAUUUCAUAUUGUAUGUAAAAAUUAAACAUGGCCUUAUAUAGAGCUGGAAUAUGUACGCUGUUCAUUUUUAUAGUAACAACGCAUGGAAGUGAGAAAAUGUUAUCAAUUAUCACUCACUAUUUUCCAUAUUCCAUAUAUUCCAGGCUUGUAUAACACUUGGUCAAUGCUGUAAUAUUUUAUGGUGUGCUAUUGGUUAAGACAUGUUAUUGUAGAGUUUUUGGAGUUUAAUUGCUUUCCAGUUAAUGUUAAUUUAUUAAUUUCAUAGUAAUUUUUGAAUUUUGACAGAAUCUAAGUGACCUGAAUCAGGAAUGACCGGUACAUGUACGUUCUUCUGUAAGCCAGUGUUUACCAAGCAUGGGUUUAUAUGUUGCAUUGGUAAAUAAAAGCAGGCAUGUUCUAAUUUCUCGUUGAUUUUCAUUAUACCUUUUAGACAAACAAACAAUAGGCAGAGCAUUAUAUUUAUGCUUUAGGUUAAUUAACCUAAGAAAGAAUAAUAUUUUUAAAUGAAUAUGAAAGUUUUAUGUUUGACCAUUAUUGUGUAUGAAUUUAUUGCAACAUAUCUGAUAACAAAAUUGUGCUAUUUGACUUCAAUGAGUGCUGUGAAACUUGUAUUUGUAUGUGGUACAUUGUAACUCGAAGGGCUGUAACUAUUGUAUAAUAGACAACUCUUGUGUUCAUCUGUGAUAUAAAAGGGUGUUUGGUCUUCAGGGACCGUCCCUUGAAAAAAUAAAAAAUAAAAAUAUUGAUAAAUCA